UUAUGCACUCUGGUGCAUUGUGGGAGAACAGUGACUGACACAGCCGCCAUUUUCCCGCUGGACGCUCGGCUCCCAUUGUGUGAACGACAGUAAAAAUACUGACACGGCCAGAAUAGCCAAACAUUUAUUUCACCAUCUGUAACCGCCCUUUUAACAGGUGAUCUUAAGGUGCCAUGGCUCGUACCAAGCAGACCGCUCGUAAGUCAACUGGAGGCAAGGCCCCACGUAAGCAACUGGCCACCAAGGCUGCCCGCAAGAGUGCACCCUCUACUGGUGGAGUCAAGAAGCCCCAUCGUUACAGGCCCGGUACCGUGGCCCUGCGUGAGAUCCGUCGGUACCAGAAGUCCACCGAGUUGCUGAUCCGUAAGUUGCCCUUCCAGCGACUGGUGAGGGAGAUCGCCCAGGACUUCAAGACCGACCUGCGUUUCCAGAGCGCUGCCAUUGGGGCCCUGCAGGAGGCCAGUGAGGCAUACCUGGUGGGGUUGUUCGAGGACACCAACCUGUGUGCCAUCCAUGCCAAGCGUGUCACCAUCAUGCCCAAAGACAUCCAGCUGGCCCGUCGCAUCCGUGGCGAGCGUGCCAUGGCUCGUACCAAGCAGACCGCUCGUAAGUCAACUGGAGGCAAGGCCCCACGUAAGCAACUGGCCACCAAGGCUGCCCGCAAGAGUGCGCCCUCUACUGGUGGAGUCAAGAAGCCCCAUCGUUACAGGCCCGGUACCGUGGCCCUGCGUGAGAUCCGUCGGUAUCAGAAGUCCACCGAGCUGCUGAUCCGUAAGCUGCCCUUCCAGCGACUGGUGAGGGAGAUCGCCCAGGACUUCAAGACCGACCUGCGUUUCCAGAGCGCUGCCAUUGGGGCCCUGCAGGAGGCCAGUGAGGCAUACCUGGUGGGGUUGUUCGAGGACACCAACCUGUGUGCCAUCCAUGCCAAGCGUGUCACCAUCAUGCCCAAAGACAUCCAGCUGGCCCGUCGCAUCCGUGGCGAGCGUGCUUAAACGCCACCCUCUUCUCCCUCUCCCUGUCCUCACUGAGCUAGUCUGUCUUCCCCUCCCUUUAUUAAACUCCCUGUCCCCACACCCAUUCUUUCGUUGGUAGUGUGUAGAGCAACAAUAAUUAUGGCGAGAAUAAAGUGUAUAGUUGUGUCUUUCUUAGUGCUGUUGGCAGCAGACUUUUAGGGUACCUUUUUGUGCAUGUACCUGCUUGGCGCUGAUCAGAUGCACAGACACACAGAAGCAUAACAGCGACCAAUCCUGUGCUUAGACUGCCUUUCUUGUCCAUCUGUCUGUCUGUGUGCGUAGAGGGAGUUGGUGAGGUCAGCUCUUUCAGUUAUGAGGUAGAGAGGUAUUCAGAGAGAAUGGGGCAGAGUGACAGACGGGGGUGGAAUACAGACAGGUGGACAGAACAGGAGAGUGCCGGUCAGGGUGUGUCUGCUGAGGCGUGUCAGCUGCCUCAGCAGGGUGCUAGAAGAACUGCCCUGGCCUGUCCCAGAAUACCUGAGAGAGAUCAAUCAGGGGUAUCAGCAUGUUGGAGGAUGGUCUUAAUUUCUGUGUGUGGGUGUAUGUUCUGAUCAGCACAGCAAAUUGUAUUCAACUGCAAAGCAUCCCUUGGUUGAGCAAUGAUUACUCUUAUCAUUAUGUGGUGUCUUUUUUUUUUUAACUGCAGAAACAUGUUUUGUUCUUUUAUAGCAAGAAAAUAAAUUUCAUAAAAAAGGAAACAAAAAAAUCACAACAAUAUGAAAAAAAAUGUUACUGACAGCAGAAAUUGGUGUGAAAUUUUUUUAAUGACAAUUGAAGCGAGUUCUCAUUUUCAAAUGAAAGCUGAUUAACACUGGCAACCGGAGAGGGGUGUAAUAUAACCCUUUCCUUAUGUUAUCGCCUGAAACCUAUCGAUGCUCUUCACACGCGUUUUACUUCCUCUCUCUCUUCCUGAUUUGAAAUUGGCUUGAAGGGCAUAACAAAAAUGUUGCCAAAGCAUUUUCAAGUUUUAAAAGACAAGUGUGUAGCUGAAUUAUACCUUCCGAUUCCGAUCUCCUGGGUGCUUGUUACUGGGGAUUUACGGACAGCCAGCGUUACGGAUAUCGUUGAAACGACUCGCGGUCCAAGAAAAACUAAAAUUCUAAUUAAACCAGCAGCUGUAUUACAAGCUAUAAAAUCUCACAGUGAUGCUGAGCGUUGAAAAGCUGCUGCAGCCAUUUUGGGUAGUGGGAACCGUCCGUAAUGCUUUGCAUCACGUCGUAAGAAGGGCCGCUGUCGCUCUUUUCCUUCUCUUGUUUUUACACCUACCUCCAUCUCACUUUUCCCCAAAAAAAUGUUUUUUUUUCCACCCCCAGUUUCUCAGGUUGGUGUGAUGUCCAUUAUAACGAUCAUUACUUCUUAUUUGAUUAAAAAUAAAAAAUGUUCAGGUGUUUAAAUGAUCUGAUCUUUGUAAUUUCCAAAUUUCUCAUAUUAAGGUGGUAAUAAAUCUAUGUUACACACA